UAGGUUUUCUUCGUACUGUCCAACAAAAAACCCUACUUUAAUCUUUUCCAAAACGCGUAAAGUGCUAAGUCGUGAAAGCGUUUCUAAUGGCGAUCUCUCUGCACAAUCACGGAUUUGAGUAGCCGUUGGAAUUUUGCUCUUUCGGUCUCCCUCUCACUCACUCGGUCACUUCUUCCCUCCAUUUUUGGGCUACAGAGUAAAUCUCUAAAAGCUGGUCAAUUUUCUCGUUGAUCUUGUCAUUUUCAAUUUUUCUGGGCUUUGUGAGAUCCUUAUUAGCUGUUGGCAGAGCUUGGAUACGCUGAAGCUAGUCCGUGUUGCCUUGGCGUAUUGGGUAAAGAUGAAUGCUGGACUGGGUCACACAUUGCAUCCUGGACCCAUUGACGAUUCUGUACUUACUUUACAGGACCAUCACAGAUCUACUGCAAUAUGGAAUGGUCAGGACUUUGAGCCUCUGACAUGUAGGAGGUGUGAUGGCCACUUCUGGCGUCUGGGUGCUUUGGACCCUCAGGUACAGCAACUCAUGCUGCAAGCAGGUUUUUAUGGGGUGUACAAGGCAGGCCGUAUACGCCUAGAUCAUGCUUUAAUAACAGCAUUAGUUGAGAGAUGGCGCCCAGAAACACAUACUUUCCAUUUGCCAGUUGGUGAGGCCACUGUCACCUUACAGGAUAUUUCUGUGUUGUGGGGCCUACCUGUAGAUGGUGAUCCUAUCACUGGUGUCGAUACAAAUCGGUCUAUGGAGGAGUGGCAGGAUAUAUGUAAUGAACUUUUAGGAUUCAAACCACCUCCGGAGGAUUUUGAUCGUGGCCGUCUUAAGAUCCGAUGCUUACAGGAGAGAUUUAAGACAUUACCAGAAGGUGCAUCGAAGGAUACAAUGCAGUUUUAUGCUAGAGCAUACAUUUUGCAGCUUCUUGGGGGGCAGUUAUUGUCAGACAUGUCCAAUAAUAAGGUGAAGCUGAUGUACUUGCCCCUGCUUAGGGAUUUUGAGGCUGCUGGCAGGCUAAGCUGGGGUAGUGCUGUGCUCUCUUGUCUUUACCGUGCUUUGUGCCGAGCAACCAAGCCUGAGACAUCAGAUAUAUGCGGGCCACUGGUACUUUUGCAGAUCUGGGCGUGGGAGAGAGUGCCUUUCAUCCGUCCUGGGAGGUUAGCACCCCGACAGCAGCCACCACCUGAUGUAGUUGCUGGACAGCAUCCUUUGCCUGCUGCCCCUUAUGGUUCCAGGUGGAAUGUCGGCUUCAAGUUGGAGAGUGUGGGAACACAUGUUUUAGUCUUGUACAGAGAUCAACUAGAUAAUAUGAAGGAUGACCAGUUUGUAUGGGAGCCAUACCCCAAUGAUGUAUUAGGCAGCCUUCCUCAGUAUUGCAUAUCAGGAAAAAGAAUUUGGCAGACAGUGUCUCCUCUCAUCUGCUUUGAUGUGGUGGAGUUCCACCAUCCUGACCGUGUACUACGUCAGUUUGGGCAACAACAAACUAUCCCUGCUAUUUGUGAUACUAUCCCAGACAUCCAUUUGACUGAUCGUCGUGGAAGACAAAAUUAUGACUGGGCCCAUCAUCACAGGCAGUUUGUUGAUAUGUGGAUAGACCGGUCCGCUCGAAUUAUUUCUACACCUCCCAUUGAUGGUCCAAUGGAUCAGAGUGAUCCGUACAUGAUGUGGUACCGACGCAUUACCCGUCUUUUGAUUGGAAAUCCUGCUACUCGUUCAAAUACUGGAUAUCAGGGAGUUGGAGGUGUUAUGGAGUCGAUGGCCCAAAGCUUACAAAGAAUAUACCAUCGUGCCAGUGACGCUAUGUACCAAAGCCAUGAGGUCUCAGGGCAUGAUGUUCUCAGAGAGAUCCAGGAUAUAUGUGCAUAUUCAUUGAGGGCAGCUCACGAGGACCACCGUCUCACUGUACGUCCCGAUGCGAACCUAACAGCUGCAUCCCCAACUAUUCUACCUAAGGUACAGAGAGGUAGACCAAAGAAGAGAGGUGGGUUUGGAGGAGGAUCAGCUAGUGAGAGCCGAAAAAGACUUUCCCACUUACCCAGUACACCGUCCACUUCAAUGGCAGAGUAUCAUUCUCCUUCGCAGUCAAAUGUUCUUCCUGCACAUAGUGAACUUCCGGAUACGCCGCAGACAUGGGAUUCUUCGCUAAAUUCAUCCGAUUACCAUGAUACUAUGGAUCCAAACAUGAUGCAGUUGAAUUCGGAAUUUACUGCACCAGAUAGUUUGAAGCAAGAGGCUACAUCACUAUCAUUGGAUUUUGCAGAAAACCCCAUCUUACAGGCCCUUGGGAAGAUUCAUGACAUUUGUGCAUUUGCUUUGCGAAUGACUAACGGGAAUCAGUCGUCACCAUCGGCACAGACUGCCAUCCCAGUAGAUCCUAAGACAAAGCGAUGUAAGCCAAGGAGGAGAGGUGGAAUAAGUGGCCGACCAGUGGGUGCAGGAAGUGGCUUAGGCUCGUAUUUCCCAUCUACACUAGGACCAUCAUCACUAACACCAUCUUCUUCAUUGGGACCAAAUACUUCACGACCACAUGAAAUUCUGGAUCAGGAUUUCGAGCCUUUUGCUACGUCACUCAUGGGGGACUCCCCCCUGCCAGAAUUACAAGACACCAUGCAAUCAGAGAUGAUAGAGUUGGAUGCCAUAACUGGAAGUAGAGAAGCUUCACCGUCUGCUGCUAACCUAUCAACGUCAGAGCCACCAUUCUAUCCCCAAGGUGAUCAGAGUUCAGUUCCGCACUUGACCAACAUGACACCCAAUUUUUUGAGGGAGGAUACUGCACCAGUACCAGUGAAUUCUUCUCAUACUGCACAGGUGGAUGUCAGACAAGUAGAGAACGCAGAUGAAGGCAUUGAAGUCUCGCCACCCACACCUGACCCUCCAGUAUUGGAGCCACAACAUGUUCAGACUCCACAACAAUCAGACCCUAAACCUGAAAUGCUUGAUGAUACUCCAUCCACCACUCAAGGCGAUUCUGUGGUCUCUCAGCCUUCUCCGGGAGAGCAUAAAAUGUCACCUGUGCAUUCAGACUCUGAUAAGGUGGCGAUACAGGUUGAUGGACCAGGCACUUAUUCCAAGCCUGACCCUCCUGUAUUGAAGCCACAUUGUACUGAAACACCUGUGCCAUCAGACUCCACCAACCCUGCAAACAAAGAUGUAAGCGUCCCCACUCUGCAGGGUGAUCUGAGUAUUCCCAAGCCUUCUUCACCGAAGCAUCCAAUCUCAUCUGUGCGUUCAGGUGCUGAAGCUAUGCAGGUUGAUACACCAGAUACUGAUUCUGUACAAGGUGAUGGUGGCAAAAGGAAAGAACGGCCCUCAGACCAUGUUACUUCAGUAGAUUCAAGUCAUACAAAUGACGCCGUGCUAAUUUCAGGUGAUCUUGUUAAUGUAAAUUCUGAUGGCAAAUCAUUAGCCAAGCCUCUGAAUGAGGGAGAGGCGAAGCUCACUCAGGCAGAUCCAGCAUCAGUGACAGAAGAUGGCCAGAAGAAAUACAAGAGACAAAGGCGAGUUCCGUCAAAACUAAGAUAGGGACUGGCUUAGCACAGUUUUUACCGUAUUUGGUGAUUGGUAGUGAUUUAAUAAACUUAAUACUGUUUCUCCCAUAAAACAUCGUGUAUUGAUUAUCCUGUUUUAAUGAAUGAUUUUAGUUGUUUUUAAUAGUCUGUAAA